AUGGUGAACGCAGAUCUGUUCCGGACCAUUGUUGGAAUUCUCGGAAAUGUCAUUUCCUUCUGCCUAUUCCUUUCUCCAAUGCCGACAUUUUACUCGAUAUGGAAGGACAAAUCCGUUAAAGGGUUCAAGCCCGAUCCAUACGUGGCAACGGUGUUCAAUUGCGCAAUGUGGAUGAUUUACGGGAUGCCCUUUGUGCAUCCCGACAGUCUUCUCGUCAUCACCAUCAACGGCAUUGGCUUGGUCAUCGAAACCUUUUAUAUCACGGUCUUUGUCAUCUACUCCGAUUGGCACAAACGCCGCAAGAUUUUUCUUAUCCUCGCCGCGGAAGCUGUGAUCUAUGCCAUCGUUUGGGUCAUCGUACUUUUAUGUUUCCACACAACCACUACUAGGUCGAUGUUCAUCGGUAUCUUUUGCAUUAUUCUCAAUAUUGCUAUGUACGCUUCCCCGCUUACGGUUAUGAAAAGAGUUAUCAGGACCAAGAGCGUGAAAUAUAUGCCAUUUUUUCUGUCACUUGCAAACUUAGCAAAUGGCGUCGUAUGGUCCCUCUACGCCCUCAUCAAAUUCGAUCCCUUCAUCUUGAUUCCAAAUGGGUUAGGGACUUUAUCGGGAGUGGUUCAAGUGGCGCUUUACGCUAUCUAUUAUAAGUCGACCAAUUGGGACGAAGACGACAUCAACACAACCAACAACAACAAAGGGAAAGAGGUUCAGAUGCAAAGUUCUUCGGCCUAA